AUAGUCAACAAAUCAACAACGUUCGCAAAUGUAAUAACAGAACACAAAUUAAAAAAUACUUGUAUUAUACAUACUUACAAACAUAUAAUAAGUAAUCUAAAGAGUUAGUAUCGUACUUAGCGUAUUAAUAAUUUCUUAUGUGUAUAAAGAUAUAUGUACAAACAUAAAUAUAAAAUAUGUGUGUAUAUCCAUUUAAAUAAAUAUUGAAUGUGUCUUUUCAACUAUUACUUCCUAGUAACACCAUGAAAUUUUGAAAAGUGAAAAAUAAUGUAAUUUGAUGAUUUACUUAAGAGUUAAUUAAAAUAAUUAAAUCAACUAAAUACAUACAUAUAAAUACAAAUUGUUCAUAUAAAAAAAAUAUAUUACUUUAAAAAAGUGCAUUGGAAAUUAUAAUCUCAGAUCAUUGAGAACGUAAUAUGUAUACAUGAUACAUGCGAAUAAAUAAGUCCGUGUGUACGUGUUUUCUUCGCUGUGAAAUCAUCAAGUUAUUAAAAGCUUCAAAUGUUCUAAAGUGAUCCCGGCUGACAUUAGAAUUUAUUUAAAGCGGACUACGUUGUGAUUGUUUUAAUUAUUUCAUUUAUUUGUAAAUUGACAUUUAUCAUUUUUAUUUCUGUCAAUAAAAACAACUAAAAGUGGAAAUGUUUGUAAACAAUUUGUUAAUUGGUUUGGCGGUUUUAACACUUUUAAAUACGGUUAAGUCGGAUGAUAAAUUUGGACAGCUGGAUAUUUUACGACAUUCAAAUGCAAAUUUUAAUCAACCCGUUAAACGUGAAAUAAAAUCUAGGCAUCGAAGAGACAAUGAAGAUGAGUCUGAUGUCGGUUGGUCAAUAAUAAAUGAAGAAGUUGACACAGUUAUUCCUUUACUAUUAGAACAUUUGCAAAAACUUCAAAUAGAGCACUUACAACUACCCGACAUUAAAGAGAAUCUAUCUGUGAAGCCUCUCUUUUUAACAUACGAAGCUGGACUUUAUCUUACAAAUGGGAUCGUAUACAAUGUUGCUGGUAUACAACGUUAUGGGCCGGCAUAUAUGACUUAUGAGGAUAAAUCAUUUUUAACACGAUUUUAUUUGAAUAUAAAAAACUUACAGUUCGAAUACAACUUUUUGUUAAAACUCAUGGCCUUAGAAGGAUUUGGAAAAGUUAUUGGAUCUCUAGAGGACGUAGUAAUCUAUGCUGAAUUGGCGAUUGAUAUUUUAACAUUUAAGAUGAAAUUAUACGAUUUUCGUGUUAUUCAGUUUAGAAAUAUUCAAGUGCAGUUAGAUCAAACACGAUUCAUUAGACACUUGACCGGUGUAAUUUUAAGUCCAAUAACAAAUUUAUUCAAGGAUCGGAUUACUACAUCGAUAUCAGAUGGCCUUAAAGAUCAAAUGCAAAUGGUUAUGGAUGAUUUUAACAAUGAGGAUCCUCUAGAAUUAAAAAAUUUUGUUAAACAAAUUCUAGGAGGUUUAACAGGCCAAAAAAAUUAAUGUUCUUUGAAAAGAGCGAUAAAUAUUGUUAUAUUAUUAUGCAUACUUUAAUUGUGAUGUGUUAUUUUUGGUUAAAUAGUUUACUUAAUAUUAGUUAAAAUGUAUAUAAAUUGUAAAUAUGUCCAAAAUUUUGGGAAACUAAAAGCAAAAAGGGAAUUUUUUUAUAUUUUUUGUUGAUAAGAUAAUGUUAAUUUUUGUCUUUAAAUAAAUUCACUAUGAAAUUUUGUUGUGUACGCAUUAGGGUUGUCAAUUUUUCGUGUUAAAAAUAAAUUCGAUUAAUUUAAAAAAUAAGAAUAAAACUCGCCAAAUAGGGUAAAAA